ACUCAGCUCUCUCUAUCGGUCUCUCUCUCCCUCUCUCUCACUAUUGGCUUGGUGGUUGCUCAGAAGAGGCACUCCUCCCUCCUCGGCUUCUCACAUUGGUUUCCCCUGACAUGACACAGGCUCAGUUGAUAACUUAGAAACAGACAGGAGGGGACGUCCUAUUGUGUGUCCUGUACUUGUCUUCUCUCCAUGAGGUGCAAGGAGGCGGGUGGCUUUUUGAGUGAGUUUUUCUCCUGACAAUUUUUUGGGGAAAAGAGCAUUGUUCAUUCGAGGAUUCGUCUUGUUUUUCCUCUCAUUUUGAACUUCUGAUACUGGACUUUGCAGUAGAUGAGGUGAGAUAUCUGUAUUGUUUUGUGAUUCUUAUCACAGUAUGCCCAUCUAGACUACACUGCAGAGCUAUCAAAAACCAUGUCUGAGGGUGUUGUCAAAAAAAUCCAGCCCUUUACUAUUGGGACCAGGCUGUCUGUCCCCUCUGAAGCCAAAUGCCAGGAGAUUGUGGAUGUCUAUCUGCCGAAAUCUGCUGCUCCGAACAAGUUGGAGCUACAGAACAACCUACACGACCAAAUGUCCCUUUACGUGGGCCAGUCCCAGGGGUGGCCUGAGACUGGGAACUCGGAACUCCCACAAGUGGCCGCCCAGGUCUACACUUCAACUCCAGAGGGACAUCAGGAUGAGAGAGUGGAGGAGGACAGGAAUUCUGUGUCCCCCACUGCAUCCUCUAGGUCCAUCAGGAAGAUUGCUAUUUGCAGGAAUGCCGAGACAGUCCCCGUCGUGUCCUUGUGUGACUCUGACCUGGCCACCUCAGUCAGUUCCACGUCGGAGACCAUCCGAAGCAACAGUGUUCACCCAAAACCGCCAUCCUUGAGAGUAGAGGACGACUUGGAUAAGACGUCCAACUCUCGGUCUAAGGAUGGACAUCAGUACGAGACGCUUGACGUGGAGACCGACCACAAGGGAGAGAAGAGGAAGAGACUGCAACAGAUAGAAGGCAACAAAGUCCCUUCCCGAGAAAACACCGUUAACCAAACCUGCCUGAGGUUCCAGUCACUGUUAAGAAACUAUCACCAAGACCUCAAACUGGCUCUGGACGUCUCCUCCUUCUACCAACAGGCUGACAACAUCAUCUGCACCAUCAACAGGAAGAGAAGCGUCCUGUCUGGAUCAGAUAACCAGGGGAGCUGCGGUCAGACAGAGAUCUACAAUAUUGCCAGCCAAAUCACGAUGCUGAACGAGACUGUUUCACGCCUUUCGGACCUCCACCCUACCCUGGCUGCCAGAGUGACACGGAAGCAGGCUGAGGUGCAGGAGAGUUGGGGCCUUCUCCAGGAGGGUAGCGGGAGCGAGUGGCCAGAUUUGCCCACCACCCUUGCCAUAGACUUCUCCUGUGAUGAACCUGGCCCACUGACUCAAACCAGAGAUCCGGAACAUGAGGCCCAGAGGAUCAUAGGAAAGGACAUCAAAGAGGAACAGAACCCUCUCAAAGGGUUAGAGAACAUGAAAGACUGUGGGGUCCCCAGGAAGCUGACUGUUAGUCAAGUUGAAGAACAGCCUUCCAAAAGCUAUGCCCGAGUCUCCUGUGACACCACCAGCAAUGACUUGACUGGAAGACUGUGUGUGGAGAGGCAAAGAAAGGACCAGACAACCCAUUUGAACACUUGUUUUCCAGGUUGCCAAUCAGAACUUGGUAUUCAGUUGCAAAAUUCUACCACAUCUGCUGAUAAGACUCGGUCAUGGCUGAAAGACAACCUUGCUAUGUCAACCCCCAGCCACCACACAGCCAGUCUGAGUGGUCCAGAGGAAAAGCCAGAGUCAACCCAAGGCCAGCGCCAAGAUUGUGUGAAGAUGGAAGACCUCCUUGGCCAAGUGGAAACGUUAUGGGAAGUUCUGAGGAGAAGACUUCAUAGAAGCAUGAUUUAUUCAAACAGCUCUGAGAGGCUCAAGUUUGAGAGGGAUGACAAUCAUGAGACAGACAAGGAUCGGCUCGAGGGAUGCCUUUCAGAAUACAGUGCAACCACGGAAAACGUGCAAUUCUGGAGCGUCCCAGAUGUCAAGGAUCUCUCUGAGACAUUGGAGGAAAACGACAGAGGAAUGCUGACAGAGCUACUGAGGUGUCUUGACCAGGAUGAACAUUUUGAUCAUUGUGAGGUAGAGCGACAGACCCUUACUGGACAAAUGGAUGACCAAGGGUGCAUGGACUACCCUAUGGAGGACCUUGGUGAAGCAGUGGAGAAAAGAGGACAUUCCCUCUAUCAAAGUCAAGACACCCAAGAACUUAUGAGUCAGCACUCAACACUGACGCUGCGCAUCAACCAGCUCUUGUCCAGGUGUGCAGAGUUCAGCAUGGACCUUCUGGACACUGAGACGGACAUGGCAGUCAGAUGUGAGCCCUAUAGUUCUGAACUCAAGGGACUGCAGGAGCAACAGGAUGAGCUAGAGAAGGACUACCAGGUCAUAAAAGAGGAGGUGGAAGAGAUGGAGGGAAUGGCUUUGCGACUACAGGUUCUACUACCUGACAUGACAGGGGCUUUGGGAGAGGACAUCCAUGCGACCCAGCAAGCUUGGGAGGAGUUGGGCUUGAGCAUGGCAGAGAACCAAUGCAACCUCCAACAAUUUCAGCAACUGCAAGACUUUCUUAGGGCCUACCUGGCCAUGAUCUCAUGGACAGAGGACACACAGACUUGCAUUUUCUCAGAGGCUUCAGUCCAUCAGUGGAGAUUGGCAGAAUCGAGUGUUCCAACUGAGUUGGAUCUGAGGAUAGAGCAGAAGUUUGACGAGUUUGACAAGCUCGCUGCUGCUGGGCAGAAGAUUAUCAAGGAGCGACAUCACUUGGCAGAUAUUAUAAAGGAGAGGACUGAGGAACUGCAAAGCAUUCUGGGAUGGAUCCUGGUAUACUGGAGGGCACAGAAAGACCAGCUGGGUCGGGAGAGGUCAAGCGAUUCAAGAAGAAGUGAUUCCCCUCAAGGAGACGCAACCAGAUUUUCACAAGGUCAACCCCAGAAUCUAUCCUCUCUGGCAGAACACAAGUCCUCUGAAAGCCUUUCCACAAAGCACAGGCUCAUGAUGGCGAGCCAGUUUGAAGGACCACAAAAAUCCCAACCAGGGAUAGGUCACCAUGCAGAAAACUUUGCCAAUCCAGUAAACGAAACACGACACGUCCCCUUGGCUGUGGUAGUCAACUCGCCCAGUAUUAUCCUUGAAGAGCCCUGUGCUACUGUCACCCCACUGGGCAGCAGCAUCAACCUCAUCCUCAGUUUUGACCAACAGCCACCAGGGGGCGGUCUGCAACAGGGGCCAGUGGAGCCAAAGCAGGCAGUGGAACCUGUGCAUAGGGUGAGCACCUAUCUGCAAGUCACAGAUGGAAGUCCUGUUUUUGAAGACGUGGCAUCGUCUCAUGUUGCUGACACGAGCCACGUGUCAACCACCUUUUCCACAAGCUCAAUCAACGCUACUUUCAUUCCCCAAGUCAGGACUGUCUUGCUCCCCACCUUACCCAGAACCAGUUCCACCUCUACCUUAAACCUGAAGGGACCGAUGAAGAGGAGGAAGAAAAUGACACACAGACACACUGUGACUGGAAUUGUCGCAAUGCCCAAGCCAGAGGGGGUUACUACCGCGCCCACCAAUGUCAAACACAGGGCUUACACCUGGCCACUGGAGGAUAAGAAGGAAUGUCAUGCCACACAAGGGAGUCCAGGUAAUACAGAACUCCAACUGUAUAUCAAAAAUAAUUCCGUGGUGAGUGUCAUGGAUGGCAACUCUCCAGGCACGUCAAGCAUUCCUACCAUCCAGGGGCAUUUCUUGCAUGGGCCCAGUGAGAUGACCUUUAGGCAAGACAAGAGCCACUAUGGCAUUAUCCAUCUUGGGUCGAUGUUGAGUUUUGACCUGCCCAAGGAUUGGGGAAAAAUCUCACAGAUAAGUGCAAAAGACCUCACAACUGAGAAAGUGCCUUUUGAAGCCAAUGGGGACCAUGCCAGUCCACCUUUGAAUCUGUACAGACCAUCAGGCUCAAACACACUCGGUCAGACUCACGUAUCGUCCAAAGUAAUUGGACAGACUUUUGCCCUCAGUCCAGAGAAGGAAAGGCAUCUUGAAGCUGAUGGGGACUGUAGACCGUCAGGCUCAAAUACACUCAGUCUAACUCAGAAAGUGAUUGGGCAGAAUUUCACCCUCAGUCCAGGAGAGGAAAGUAUAUGUGAAACAGGGGACUUUGCUGUUCAAAAUGGUUCACCUUUGAAUCUAUGCAAAUUGGCAAACUCAAAUACACUCAGUCAGACUCACAAAGUGAUUGGACAUACUUUUGCCCUCAGUCCAAAAGAAGAAAAGAGCUGCGAAGCAGCUAGGCAGGACUCGCAGAAGGUCAGCUCAGAGUCUGUUUCUCUUUUGGUUCAGUGUCUCUCUCUACCUGAGAAAGACAACGUCUAUCACGACCUAAGAAGCGCCACAAGGAGUCCUGCCCUUGCUGCUGGACAUGAGAACAUUUUCUCCAGCACUGUUGGCAUCCACCAUGAGGAUAAGGUCGAAAUGUCCAUUCCAGUAGCUAUUUUGGACUCUAACAAGCAACGCACUGAACCAAACUGCAGCAGCUCGAUGAUGCAUGACCACGCCCGCACUGAACCAUCACAGAACCACAACUGUUUAAGUGUUCACACUAAGAUUCAAGACCUCAAUAACCACAUAUACUUCCCUUCUGCAAAAGGGCAAUUCGCUUUCCAAAGUGACCUUCGAGUUGUAGAGAUCAAGGGCUUGUCUACUGUGUCUGAAGACUCCACGUGGAUGGGUGUGCGCAGUUCUAGACGAGUCAUUGUGUGCUCUGAGGACAACUGUUGUGUAUGCUCCGACAGUCCCGCACCUAUGAUGGUAUUGGGAAAAGAAACUUCACCCAAAAGAGAACCAGAUCACAUUCAUCCUGAUCAUUGGCAGUUUGAGGAGGAGGAAGAGGAGCUGGAGGAUAUUUGGAAUUGCACAGCCCGGGAAAGAGCACCUUGAAUUACUGUGGUCCAAAAAUCUGAGGUGUGAGUGUUGACGAGGACAAGGCUGGAGAUCACUCUGUCAUGCUGAUUGAGUUCGAAUAACAGAUUGGAAGCUUCAACAGGAGGAUGGUGCUUGGAAUCAUUGUUCUUCCUAUGUCAACCAUGGUUACCUGCAAGGAAACACGUGCUGUCAUCAUUGCUUUGCACAAAAAGGGCAUCACAGGAAAGGAUAUUGCUGCCAGUAAGAUUGCACCUAAAUCAACCAUUUAUCGGAUCAUCGAGAACUUCAAGGAGAGCGGUUCAAUUGUUGUGAAGAAGGCUUCAGGGCGCCCAAGAAAGUCCAGCAACCACUAGGACCGUCUCCUAAAGUUGAUUCAGGUGCAGGAUCGGGGCACCGCCAGUACAGAGCUUGCUCAGGAAUGGCAGCAGGCAGGUGUGAGUGCAUCUGCAUGCACAGUGAGGGGAAGACUUUUGGAGAAUGGCCUGGUGUCAAGAAGGGCAGCAAAGAAGCCACUUCUCUCCAAGAAAAACAUCAGGGACAGACUGAUAUUCUGCAAAAGGUACAGGGAUUGGACUGCUGAGGACUGGGGUAAAGUAAUUUUCUCUGAUGAAUCCCCUUUCCGAUUGUUUG